AUGGCCGACUUGCUCGGUCCUCAUGCCUUUGGCAGGGCCGUGAUGGAUCGUCCUCCAGCUCCACUUCCGUUUCCUCCCGGAUCAGAUGCCGCUGCCCAUGCGCCCUUCUCGAUCCAGACCAUCGGCGUGGAUGCUCCGGGCAACGCUCCAUCCACCGACGACGAUGGCACCGGCGACUAUGUCGUCGUGACCAUGACGACAGCUGUCGACGGGACCGUUGUGCCGACCACGAUGCCGGACUCCUUUCCACCGCCACCACCACCACCACCACCGUCACGACCACGACCACGGCCACCGCCGGACUCGGUGGACGAGACGAUGGACGACACCGUCGCAGCCGACCAUGCAGACGGCCACGUGGUGGUGGCCAACGGCGAAUGCCGGCUGAUGGGCCCGUUUGCGAUCUUUGUGCAGCUCGGGCUGGGCUCGCUGGCGCUGCUGUCGCUCGUGUUCAAGCGGUGGCGCGAGCGGCCGCAGCGGCCGCUCAAAAUCUGGUUCUUUGACGCGUCCAAGCAGGUGUUUGGGUCCGUGCUGGUGCACAUGUCCAACGUCUUCCUGUCGCUGCUCACGUCGGGUCGCUUCUCCUUCAAGCUGGAGCCGGGCGUUGUGGCGAGCUCGUCCGGGGCGCUGUUGCGCUUGAUUCGACGGGACGAUGGCGAGGAGCCAUACUUGCCGAACCCGUGUUCGUUCUACCUGCUGAACCUGGCGAUCGACACGACGAUCGGGAUUCCGAUCCUCAUCGGGCUCGUGCGGCUGACAACGGCCAUUGUGGCCCACACGCCGCUGGGGAAGCCGCGGGAGUCGAUCCAGUCGGGCAAUUACGGGCACCCGCCGAGCGCGUGGUGGUGGUUCAAGCAGAGCAUCCUGUACUUUUGCGGGCUCUUCGGCAUGAAGAUCUGCGUGCUAAUCAUCUUUCUCGUCUUCCCGUGGAUCUCGCGCGUCGGCGACUGGGCUCUGGGCUGGACCGAGGGCAACGAGCAGCUGCAGAUCGUUUUUGUCAUGAUGUUGUUUCCGCUCAUCAUGAACGCGAUGCAGUACUACAUCAUUGACGGCUUCAUCAAGGAACAGCCGGUGCAUGACGGCGGACACCAUCACCAUCACGAUGGGCGGUACGACGUUCUGUCGGACAGUGCCGACGACGAGGACGACGGCAGUGCUCGACCGCCGCUUCACCGUCGGUUCCGCCGGGACGACGGUGGUGCCGACGGCGACGACGAGUCGUCCAGCGGCGACCAGCGCGAAGAGGAGGACGACGAGGAGCUCGACAUGCUCGGCGACGUGGACGACGUCGCGGGCGGCAAGCGGGCAGCGGUCACCGUGGCCGUGGCGCCCAUUGUCGUGACGACGACGACGACGGUGAUUCAUUCGACCAAGCACGAGCACGUGACCUCGUCCGCCAGCUCAGCCACGGGCACCGCCACAAUCCGGGGCGCCGACAACAACGACGACGUCGACUACGACCCGCGGGUCGACGGUGAGACCCGGACGGUCAUCGGCAGCAGCGCCAGCCAGCGGCAGAUUCUGGACGCCACCGCGGCAAAGGAGCCGUAG